GUUUGAAAAUCGGGGAGAGGAAGAUUUCGUGCAUAUGUCAAUCUUCCUCUUCUUCAUGCUGCAACCCCCUCGCCAAGAUCAAUGAAGACUUUGAUCACCGUCAAUGCCUUUUCUCAGCCCCAACUCGCUCGCCUCCCUAGUGGAAUCGGCCGUGUCAACUCAAUGCUCCCGCUUAGGCAGAGCUGCCCAUGCUCAGAUCAUCAAGACCCUCGACAACCCCCUCCCUUCUUUCAUUUACAAUCACCUUGUCAACAUGUAUUCCAAACUCGACCUUCCCAACUCAGCCCAACUCCUCCUCUCACUCACCCCCAACCGCUCCGUUGUCACCUGGACCGCUCUCAUCGCCGGCUCCGUCCAAAACGGUCGUUUCACCUCUGCCCUCGUUCACUUCUCUAACAUGCGCCGUGACUCCAUCCAACCCAAUGACUUCACCUUCCCCUGUGCCUUCAAGGCUUCCGGCUCGCUUCGUUCUCCUCUCGUCGGGAAACAGGUCCAUGCAUUGGCGGUCAAGGCCGGUCAGAUAAGCGAUGUUUUUGUUGGAUGUAGUGCUUUUGAUAUGUACUCCAAAGCGGGCCUCACAGAGGAGGCUAGGAAGAUGUUCGAUGAAAUGCCUGAAAGAAAUAUUGCGACGUGGAACGCGUAUUUAUCUAAUUCAGUGCUCGAGGGCCGGUAUGACGAUGCGCUUACUGCAUUCAUUGAGUUUCGGCAUGAGGGUUGGGAACCCAACUCGAUAACGUUUUGCGCUUUUCUCAAUGCGUGUGCUGGAGCCUCGUAUUUGAGGCUUGGGCGUCAGUUACAUGGGUUUGUGCUUCAAAGUGGAUUUGAGGCGGAUGUAUCGGUGGCUAAUGGACUCAUUGAUUUUUAUGGGAAGUGUCAUCGGGUUGGAUGCUCGGAAAUUAUAUUCAGUGGCAUUUCUAAGCCAAAUGAUGUUUCUUGGUGCUCAAUGAUAGUAUCAAAUGUGCAAAAUGAUGAGGAAGAGAAGGCCUGUUUGGUCUUCUUGAGGGCUAGGAAAGAAGGCAUUGAGCCAACAGAUUUCAUGGUUUCAAGUGUUCUUAGUGCUUGUGCUGGCCUUUCAGUGCUUGAAGUGGGAAAGUCAGUUCAUACGCUUGCUGUGAAGGCUUGUGUUGUGGGCAAUAUUUUUGUGGGCAGCGCACUUGUUGAUAUGUAUGGAAAAUGUGGAAGCAUUGAGGAUGCCGAGAGGGCAUUUGAUGAGAUGCCUGAGAGGAAUUUAGUUACUUGGAAUGCAAUGAUAGGUGGGUACGCACACCAAGGGCAAGCUGACAUGGCUGUCACAUUGUUCGACGAAAUGACAUGUGGCAGUCACAGGGUUGCACCUAAUUAUGUUACAUUUGUGUGUGUUUUAUCAGCAUGCAGCAGGGCUGGGUCAGUGAAUGUGGGCAUGGAAAUUUUUGAGUCAAUGAGAGGAAGAUAUGGAAUUGAACCAGGAGCAGAGCAUUAUGCAUGUGUUGUGGACCUGCUUGGGAGAGCAGGAAUGGUAGAGCAAGCCUAUCAGUUUAUAAAGAAAAUGCCAAUUCGACCAACAGUUUCAGUUUGGGGGGCUCUUUUAGGAGCUUCUAAAAUGUUUGGGAAGUCAGAAUUGGGAAAGGUUGCCGCCGAUAACUUAUUUGAACUAGACCCACUAGACUCUGGCAACCAUGUUCUGCUUUCAAAUAUGUUUGCAGCUGCUGGCAGGUGGGAAGAAGCCACACUUGUGAGAAAGGAGAUGAAGGAUGUCGGGAUCAAAAAGGGUGCAGGAUGCAGUUGGAUCACUGCAGGGAAUGCAGUCCAUGUCUUCCAAGCAAAGGAUACUUCCCAUGAGAGAAACUCAGAGAUUCAGGCAAUGCUGGCAAAGCUGAGGGGGGAAAUGGAGGCAGCUGGCUAUAUACCCGAUACCAGUUUUGCUCUGUUUGAUCUAGAAGAAGAAGAGAAAGCGAUGGAAGUUUGGUACCACAGUGAAAAGAUUGCCCUUGCUUUUGGCCUCAUCUCUAUUCCUGCUGGAGUACCCAUAAGGAUCACCAAAAAUCUUAGAAUUUGUGGAGAUUGUCAUAGUGCCAUUAAGUUCAUUUCCGGCAUUGUUGGUAGAGAAAUUAUUGUGAGAGAUAAUAAUCUAUUCCAUCGCUUCAGGGAUAAUCAGUGCUCUUGUAGGGAUUAUUGGUGAUGAACUGAAAUUUUUUACAGUUCUUCACGAAUUGGAGAGCUUUCCAACAAAAAAUAGUGUUGUUUUUUGAAGAUAAAUUUAUGGAGGAAUACACAUUUAUAUCGAA